AAGACGGUGGACUGUGGGGGACAAAUCCCAACAGAGGCAUUACCGGAUGGACAAAUAGGACGAGAGCGUCCCGUGAGCGACUGUAGAAGUUUCAGGUAGUGAGGGAGCAGCCGGGCUAGGUGCGCGUCAGGUCUUUGUAUCGUCAAGGAACAGUGUGCUGCUCAGACAGAGAGAGAGAGAGAGACAGAGAGAGAGAGAGAGAAGCGGUAAGUGACCAGAACCCCCUGAAAACACCUGCGUCAAGACAGGGCAGGUACCUCGGAGGGACACAUGAAGAUGACUUGCAGUUCACAAGUGCAUGAGGCAGAAAAAGAUCUGAUUCUUGAAGAAGACUUUGGACAGAAAUCCUAGCUGAUGAAACAUUACAGUUGUCUUUUUAAUGGGUCAUACAGAUUUUUUUAGGCUGUCCUUUCAUUCACUGGGCUGUAGUUAUGAUUAGAGUAAUUAUGAGAAAAAUACACAUUUAGAAUCUGUUCAAUUGGUUUUAUAUUAUAAACCUCUUUUUUUCUAGGCAAAAGUGAAUAUAACAAAGCAUACCUACUCUAUAAACUUCAUAGCAAUUGUCAGUAUGUUGGUCUCAUAAAAAUAUCAGCACUUUUUAGUACCCCAUGGUCAGGAAUGGACCUAGAUUUGACCCUCAUUCAAAUGCUAUCACGUGCCUGGAACUGGGCUGUUACUGUAGGCACUGUGGGCCACUGACUCCUCGGACCCAGAACUCUCCCCAAUGAAGCAGUCCUGGUUGGCCCGCCUGGCACAGCUUGGCCUGUUUGCGGUGUGCACUUGCUCAUGGCUGGUCCAGGGAUGCGGACCAGGCCCUGGAUACGGCAUGCGCCCCAGGACCAGGAAACUCACAGCCAUGCACUACAAGCAGUUUGUCCCCAACUUCUCAGAGAACAACCUCGGUGCCAGUGGAAGAGCAGAGGGCAAGAUCACACGCAACUCCGAGCGCUUCAAUGAACUCGUGUGUAACUACAACCCAGACAUUGUCUUCAAAGAUGAAGAGAACACCAAUGCAGACCGCUUUAUGACCAAGCGAUGCAAAGACUGCUUGAACAGGCUGGCUAUCGCCGUGAUGAACCAGUGGCCAGGGGUACACCUGCGUGUGACAGAGGCCUGGGAUGAGGACGGUCACCAUCCCUCGGACUCUCUGCACUAUGAGGGCAGGGCUGUGGACAUAACUACUGAUGACAGAAAGACUGAGAAGUAUGGUCUCCUAGCUCAGCUGGCUGUGGAGGCUGGCUUUGACUGGGUGCACUAUGAGUCCAGGCACCAUGUCCACUGCUCUGUGAAAGCUGAUCAUUCGGUUACAGUGGAGAAAGGUGGCUGUUUCCCAGGCUGGGCCCGGGUGACUAUUGCUGGAGGGGGGCAGAAGACCCUGUCAACACUGGCUCCUGGGGACAGAGUAAUGGCCCUGUCUGCGACAGGUCACAUAGUGUUCAGCCAGGUCCUUUUGUUUCUCCACCAGGACCAGGAAAGCAGGUCCACUUUCUUGGUUAUAGAGACUGAAGAUGGCCAUAGACUGGCCCUUACUCCACAACACUUGAUAUUUCUAGCUCCCCAUGACAAACUCCACCACAGUGAGUACAAGGCUCAGUUUGCCAGCAGAGCGAAGAGAGGGGACCAUGUUCUCAUCCACGCAGCAGAGGGUCACGUACAGCCAUCUCGGAUCACCUCAGUUUCACUAGAGGACGGUGUGGGGGUCUAUGCACCCUUGACGGAGGAUGGAACUUUGUUUGUUGAUGGGGUGCUGGCAUCCAGCUACGCAUUAGUGGAGGACCACAGACUUGCACAUUGGGCAUUUGGACCUCUUCGACUCCUCUUCUCAAUCACCCAACUGCUUUGGGGAGCAAAUACAGAGGAACAUCAGAUCACCAAGGCUGAAACAUCUUUGCAAGGUAGCACUUGGGUCCCUCACAAAGCAAAUAUAUAUGUGAACAAUGACUUUCUGAACAGCCAAGGCAAUUUGACUGUGCCUCUAAGAACAGACAUUAAAGAGAAGCACUCUUUACAAAGACAGGGGUCACAUGUGCACUGGUAUGCCAGACUGCUGUACAGUUUUGGACGUAUCUUUCUGGACUCUGAAUCAUUUCAUCCUUAAAAGCCGUAAAAGUUAAGCAUUGGUACAUCUGUCCUACUGCUAUUUUGUUUCUUACAGCUUUGCUACAUUUACACUAAUGCCUAUGUCCUUCCCUGUUGUCAUUUUCAAUAAAUUUCAUGCACUGGAAGGACUUACUUGCUUCUGUCUUACAAUUUUUUCAUUAUAAUCUGUUAUGAUGAAUUCAUAUUUAAGUCAUAUUUUAUAAGAGAAUACAUUGAUGGGGCAGAUUGCCCGAAAUGGCUGAUGGAAAAAUGGCAUACUACAAUUACUGUAUAAUAGUUUAUUUGUACAUGAUGUAAUGUGUUUAUCUAUUUCAAUAUACGGUAUGUGACAAAAUAUGUGAUCUAUCAUGCCAAUGCAGUAGGAACA